AUGUCUCCCCCCGCAACACCGCCAUCAUCACGGACUUACACCGACGCAAUCAACCUCCUAAACACCCUCAUCCCAAACCUCAAAGUCCACGCCCUCUUCAACAAACCAAAAGAUGCCGCUCCCACCACCGCAGCACCAGCAACACCAACAGCAGACCCAAACCUCCUCGCCAUCCCCGAAAUGCGCGCCUGGCUCCUCCGCGCAAACCUCACCCCCGAACGCCUCUCCUCCCUCUCCUUCAUCCACAUAGCAGGCACAAAAGGAAAAGGCUCCGUAACAGCCCUCACGACCUCGGCCCUCCUCAACCACUCAUCCUCAUCCUCCUCGCCCCCUUCCACGACACACAUAGGCCCCAUAGGAACCUACACCUCCCCCCACCUCCUCACCCCCCGCGAGCGCAUCGCAAUCUCAAACACCCCCAUCUCCCAAACCCUCUUCGCAACAUCCUUCUUCGAACUCUGGGACACCCUCUCCUCCUGCACCUCCCCCUCCGCACCCGGCGGCAGCGCCAGCAGCACCGGGCCCGACCUCGGCAUCGAACCGGGCUCCAAACCCUUCUACUUCCGCUUCCUCACCCUCCUCGCCCUGCACGUCUUCCUCAAACUCCGCGUCCGCACCGUGGUGUUGGAAUGCGGCAUCGGCGGCGAAUACGACGCCACGAACGCCAUACCCGCCGAGGCGGUGACGACUUCGGUCAUCACGCAGCUGGGCAUCGAUCAUGUUGCGAUGUUGGGGUCCACACCAUCGCAGAUUGCGUGGCAUAAAGCGGGUGUGAUGAAACCCGGCGUCGCGACCUUCACGCGCAGGUUAUCCGAUGAGGUGCACCCGGGCGUGAUGACCACCCUCCGCUCCCGCGCGCGCGAAGUAGGCGCGGAGCUAAUCGAGGUCGACGACGAGGAUGUCAUUGCGUGGAGCGGUGUCAAGGAUGCAAAGUUACCAGGCGGGGACUUUCAAAAGAGGAACCAGGCUCUCGCUGCGCUGGCUGCGAGGCGGCAUAUUCAGGUCCUUCAAGCCCGAGAAGCGGGGUCAAGCACGGUAGGAAAGGCGAAUCGUUCGCUGGCGGAUGUCCCUGGAGUCAUCAUCGCCGGUCUCCGCGAGGCGACGCUCCGCGGCCGGCACGAACUUCUCAGACAGGGUGGUGUAUCGUGGUACCUCGACGGCGCGCACAACGCGGAUAGUCUGGCUGAAGUAGCGCGCUGGAUAUCACCCAUCGUCACCGCCACAACCUCCUCAGACACCACUCACAACGACGGAGAAAGUUUCGUCCUCGUCUUCAACCAGCAAGAACGCGACGCCUCCGCCCUCCUGACAGAGUUCCUCCGCCAGAUGAAGACCCUGGGUGUCGACCCCGAGACGCGGCUGGCCGCGGCCAUCUUCACGAGGAACGACAAGACUAACAUCGCCGGCGAGGGCGGGGAGGUAGAUCUCAGUGUUCAGGAGGCGUGUGCUGCGGCGUUUAGGGAACUGUAUCCUGCUACAAAGGUCAUGGUGUGCAGGGACCUGACGGAGAUGAAGAGCGCCGUCGAUGGCGUCGCGGAGCCAUCGUCGGGGACAAACGUGCUGGUUACGGGGAGCAUGUAUCUCGUUGGAAACGUCAUCGGCUUCUUGGAGCCGGAAAAUCUAUUCAUCCGCGCCCUCCAGGAUGCCCAGCGCGCCACCAACAAGAUGCAGACUGCCCGUGACAAGAGCUUGUACACUCUCGCCCUCCGGCAGGCCCUCGCCAACGCUCCGGACGUGGUUCAAGGCCUCCUCGAUGGUCGGUAUCACGCGCACGUCGGCGUGGGGAUCCAGCUUGGACCAGCGCUCCGCAAACUGCCUCUGCACCGUCAUGGCCUCGAUGGCUUUGGCGUCGUACUGGUGGUUGACGAAACUAUCCGUCGUAUGCGCCCCGUCAACGUACCACGCAACAGCGCCCUCCUCCUUCACCUCACACCGCCCCCUCCAAACAACCCCCUCCAACCCCUCCACAAACGGCGCCGACAACCUCUCCGGGUCCCUCCUGAACUCGGGAUCGACCCUCUCCAGCGCAGUCUCCGCAAGCCGCACCGCCAAACUCGCAUUCCUUUUCUGGAAAACUGCAUCCGGACGGAUCUUGACGCCCUCAAGCCGCGGAUCAACACCAACAACCUCCAUCUCGACCCCCUUCUCCCUCGCCCGCUCCUCCAACACCCCCGCCGCCCCAGCAACCUGCUCAACCGUAAACCCCUUACUCCCAGCCUUCAUAAUCCCGCCCUUAUGCCACGCAAUCUUCUCCACCGUAUCCCCCAGCGCAAAAACGUGAUCGAUCCCCAACGUCGUAAUCCCCGUCGCGACAGGCCGUCCCACAAGAUUCGUAGCAUCAUACUCCCCUCCGAUCCCCGUCUCCAAAAUAGCAACAUCGCACCCCUCGCUCAGGAAAGCAUGGAAACUAACCAGCGUCAAAUACCGCGAAUAUAUCGGCCUCGUCCCCACCGCAACAACCUCUUCCAGCACCUUAUUCUCCUCCCCCAACCGAUCCCACACCUCGAAGAAAUACCGCGCAAACAGCGCCUCGGAUAUCGGCACGCCGUUAAUCCGUAUCCGCUCCCUAACCGCAAUCAAAUGCGGCGAGAUCAACAGCCCAACCUUGCGCGGUAUCGACCUUGGCGAAGCGGCGCGGUGCCGUGCGAGGAUGGAGUCGGUAAAGGCGCAGGUGCUUCCUUUCCCCUUUGUCCCCGCGACGUGAAUCACGUUGAGGCUGUCGAGGUCGGAGACGGAGUAGCCCACGCGCGCGAGGUACGCUCGCAUUUCGGCGACGGAGGCUUCGUCGGGGCGGAUGCCUGCCUUGCGGCGGGCUUCGAUUACCGCGAAGGGGGUUUGGAGGGUGUUGAGCGCGUCGACGGCGUCCUGGGGUUAGACUGA